GCGGCCUACAGUGCAAAAGGGUAUGUUACUUUUCCCUUUGUUUACAUCAUGUCCUUUCUCAUGUGAAGAUCAUGCCCGUUUCUGCAAACCACCUUCGUAUCGCCGUCCCGAUGCGACUAUCGAACGAGCGUCUUUUUCAUUUCCCCAGACGCAUUGAUGCCGAUAUUUCCUCGCCGUUACAGUACGUGGAGUCCGCACGUCCCCCUUGUGCGUACAAAAACCGUUCGUCUUCGAUACGAUAGAGCAAUCUCCAAGCUGCCGUCAGCUCAGGCCAAUGCAUUCCCUCGAUAUCAUCAGCAGCCUAACUCUGUUACGCCUAACGCGAUCCUGCCUGUCUUGGUCCCGGAUAUUAAAGAAGAAAGAAGCAAAAUAAGGAAUAAAGCAGACAAAACACAGCGGCCAGCCAAAACACCUCGAAAUCUCACCCUUCGCCUCCUCCCACCCAAGACACAAAAUCUGCGGCCGUCGGAAACCCCUGUUCUGCCGCGCUUCCUCCCGCGGAUGAUCCGGACGCUCGGGUCGCUUCCGAGCCCUGAUGGCCCCCCCAAAAUACCAAACCAAGUCGGGCAUGAGAGGCGAAAUCCAACCUCCAUAAAAACGGAGGGCCGAAAAAGAUGGACCUACAGUAGUACGAUCCGCUGAAUGCUACACCAAAUACCCUUUAGUGCAGAAAACCAAACAUUCAAAUCCCCUUCGUGCUUCAAUUCAUC